AUUUAUUUAUGACUUAAUAGGGAUGCAUUGGUGCGAUGGUUGGUACAAUGAUACCAGCUGUUGUCCCAACUGAGUUACGUGAGGCAUAUCGAAAUAGAUUGGGGCGAGUUGCCCAGAAUGUGCUGGCAAUAGUUGACUUCGAUAUGAAGUUUAUAUUUGUUUACACUAGAUGGGAGGGAUCUGCACAUGAUGCACCUGUCUUCCACCAUGAUGCCAGUGAUUCACAAGACAUUUUCCAUGACCACCAGAGGGUCAAUAUUAUCUUGUGGAUUCAGCUUAUCCAUGCACUACGAGAUUGCUGCCCCGCUAUCCAAGAGAACAUUAUCACAGGAGUGAUCAUCACAACCAAAAGCAAUUUCAUGGGUAUAAAGAUUACUUCAAUUACCAUCACUCAACAGUUCGUAAUAUUAUAGAAUGAACUUUUGGUAUUAUAAAAGAACGAUUCAGAAUCCUCUCCAACACGCCUCCAUAUGCGGUUGGGCGGAAAGGACUCAUUAUUACAUGAUGAGCAUGUUGUGCUCUGCACAACUUUAUUAGAACGGUCACCCCUGAUGAUUGGAUAUUUGAGACGUGAAGUACGAUGCAUCUACCUGUUAUUAAGCCUGCAGUCGGUGAUGGGGCAUUCUCAUCUGGUAAUGUAGACUUGUCGAUUGAAACCCAAAAUAGUAUGGUUGCAAUUACAUAUGAGAUUGUCAUUUCUAUGUGGGAAGCAAGGGGUGGUCAUUGAUGGUGUUAUUUAAGGAUUACGCAUGUAUUUAAUGCUGAUAUUUUAUUGUUGGCAUUAAAAUUACCCUUAUUUUGGAUAACUGAUGUAUUUUAUGUGAGCCAUGAAUUUAAACAUGUUACGAUUGUCGA